AUGGCCCCUAUCCCCCGGGUCAAUCUGGUUGAUAUGGACAACCAGUCCUCCGAUGUGGGCGACAGCCCUGUACGUCGCCAAUCCUCUGAGCCAUUCCGCCGACCUCAGUCUACUUCAACUCAAAUCUCUGUUUCCUCUGAGCGGACCCAACCUUACCGGUCCUCUGAGCACCGCCCAAUGGUUUACCCAUGCGAUUGGUGCGGGAAGCUCAUUGAGCUCCCAAAUGAUGCAAGCCUUGAGGAAGAGGCGAUCAAUGCCCACGUCCUUGCUCACCACCCCGAGCAACUAAAAGGGCAAGUGGAGUACGACGAGGUCGAAGAUGGCACCUUCGACGAAGAGGAGGAAGAAGAUGCCGAACUUGACGGCGGUGAAGAUGAAGAAGGCGACGUGGCUGCAGAAGCUGAAGAAGCCGAGGCGGAGUUGGAGGCCGAUGUUCUCGACGAUGUCACUGCUCGAGAGGAAGGCGAGCUUCACGACGCCGAAGCGGACGAGGAAGACCUUGCUGAGCUAGUGACUGCAGCUCCCUCCGUCCAAGGCGAUCAGAGUGACGCGGGAAACGGCCCCAACUCCAUGGCCAUUAAGCCUUCUCUCAAGUUCGCCGCCGCCAACAAGCACAAGGACCUCGGCUCGGCUCGACAGGAGGGACUAGACCGACUGAUCAACAAGUUGUCCAACCCUCGGAGCAACUUCCCCGAGGAAUAUCGGCAGCGGGUCGCCGAAUGGCAAGGGCCCGAGAUGGAGACGCGCCUUCCGAAGAUUUGGACCCUCCACAGCGUGGAGCUCUUCUCCCCCGGCUACGAACAGGAACGGGCCAAGGUGGACACCACCUGGCAACAAGCGUUUCAGGGUGCCAAGCCCAAGAAGCGCGAAGCACCGGAGCCAUUGAUCCGGCCGGACCCUUACAAGAAGGUCAAAGUUGACCGGGGUCAAUUCCUUGAGCUCAACCCGCUUGACGAUCUCGUGGAGAUGCUGAAGAAGCCCGAUCAACUCUCAUAUGAAGAGUUGUACGCAGCCACCGAAGCUGCUGGCUUUGCGAUGAAGGUUUGGCAGGACGAAUACCUGGCCCUCGACAAGCUCUUCGUACGGGCACAUCGCCACAUUCGCGCUCCAAUUGUCGAGGAUACCAAGCGCGAGUUCUUGCAAGCCGGCAAGAGAAAGAGUGGGCAGCCAAUGGGGCGACUUCCAGAACCCAAUCUCGACUUUGAGGACAAGAAGGAGGCCAUGUUGUACGGAUACCGAUACACUCCUUUCCAGCUGAACACCGCCACGACCGUGAGCCGCAUUCCGCAAAAUCCGUUCGUCCAGGGCGGCUUCGUGCCAACCCCUGCACAGGGACGAAAGAUGGCUUCCAAGGUUCCACCUGGAGAGCGUAAUCCGGACGACUGGCCGGCUGUGGUUCGCGACGGUGUUGAGAUGGUCCCCAAGUUGUGGGAGGAGCCCCAAGCUCCCGUUCAGGCCAAGGUGACCCGCAAGCGCAAGGCGGCAACACUGGAGACGACCUUGAAGACCGACACGGAGGAGACACAGCAAGAAUCUCCCGACGCUGACGAAACCGAAGAAGAAUCGGCUCGCCCACCAAAGCGUCGUGCUCGGGGAGGAGCUCGUGGUGGUCGUCGUACUGCCACCUUCGAGGCCUACCAGCCUGAGGAAGUCUCUGCUCCUGUCAUUCAUACUCCUCGCGGUCGAGGUCGAGGUCGGGGUCGGGGUCGUGGACGUGGACGUGGUCGGGGUCGGGGCGCUGGCCUUCAGCCAGCUGAGCCUCGUGCGUCUGUUGAUGCAACUCAGACGACCACCACAACGCAAACGACAACUUCGGGGCGUGGGCGCGGUCGUCGCGGCGCAAGCACGGUUGUGAGUACAACCACAACCACUCCGGUGGCACCUCGCUCUGCAGCUUCGCCAGAGGAGUCCACACCAUCAUUUGUGGACAUUUCGCCAAUGCCGGAGAUGCCCGCGGCGGCUAGGUCUGCCCCCGCAGUCAAGAAGGAAGUGCCCGUGGAGGAUCCGGAGGAAGCGCGACGGCAGAAGAUCCUAAACUCGAAGAACCCAAAGCGCACCAAGGCAAUGCUGGACCAUUGGGAACGGUUCAACCGCGAAGGUCGAAUCCGCAACCCCAAGCGGUCCAAGGCGCAGAUCGAGUCGGAUAAGGCGGCCGACGAAACCCGCAAGACCAAGGAGGUCCCGGGUCGUCACCGGUCGUCGUCGUCGUCGCUUGCCCCGAUCCCCGCGGGCAACCUCGCCCCCAAGGCCCCCAUGGGUAUGCCACCCAUGGUGGGUGUUCCUCACCUGGCGCCAGGUCCCGUCCCUGGCCCAACCCUGCCAUCGCUGAGUAUGUACGGUGCUCCUAACCCGUACGCUCCGCAGCCCCCAGUGGCAGGGUUGGGUCAGCCCAUGCCUCAAUUCGCGCCAUUCCCAUACCCUCCGGGAUAUGGGAUGGCACCCAUGCAGCAGGGUCCGCCCCCGCCAGCCCCUCAUGACCCUCAUCGCCGAGGUGUCUAG